AUGCAAUCCCCUGUGAUGUCAAUGUCUUCGGGUCCAGGUCAUCUCGGCCCUCCCCAAAUGCAUCCUGGAACUAUGAUGCUGCCUGUUGGAGCCUCUGGUGGAAUUCCAUCCGGACUUCCACCAGGAAUUCAUUACGCACCCCAUCCAUCCAUCUCAGAUAGAUCUGAUCAUGGAGUUCCCAUAUCCCAGUUGCCUCAGCAACCUAGUGGUGGGCAAUUAGGUGGAUCAACUAUAAUGCAGCAACAACAUCAUCACGGACCACCGCUCCCGUCGCAAGGGGGUUCUGUCGGGGGGAUUCCCACGAUGCAGAUGCCUCCUGUACAUCCUCUCCCUUCUCACAAUCAUCCUCACCACCCAAUGCAUGGCCAUCCUGCUCAUCCUCCUCUUCCCAUAUUUUGUAAAUCCUUUUUUCCUGUUAUGGGUUUUCAACACAAUGUAUUGAAAUUGGCUGUUGGGGCUUCACCGGAAUUUCGAAUUUACGAGUUGAAUAAGCGAUUGGCACAGAGGGCUGAUGAGAAUGAUAGUCAAUGGUGGGAAGCUUUUGCUUCGGAUUUCUUUGAUGAUGACGCGACAAUCACCAUAACAGUUCGCUUUGAGGAUGGUCUCAAACAUUUCAGUAUCGGAAGAACACUUAUUCCGCGAUACUUUCGAAGCAUAAUUGAGAGCGGAUGUAAUGAGUUGUAUUUCAAUUUGCGGCAUACUAGAGAGUCUUUUCACAGUCCCUUCUUGACUAUAGAGUCGGAUAAUGCAAAUAUGGUCAUGAGUAUGACCCGUCCUAUUCCUGCUCAUGUUAUCGUUGACGCUCAAUUCACUCUUGGCUUCACCAUUGACGAACUAAUGCGCAUUCGCACUUGGACGUUUCAAAUAAGAUCUCAUCGUGAAUUGAUUUUGCGCUCUAUGCUUGGUGUACAAGAUCCUACUAUGUUCGAUCAACUCUCGAAGAAUAUAACUAGGACAGGCAUUCCAGCUACCACGCUUCAUUUUCUCCGACUCUGUGUUAUUCUCGAACCCAUGCAGGAGUUAAUGUCCCGCCAGAAGUUCCAGAACAUUUCUCCGAGAGAUUGCCUUAGGAAUAUUGUCAUGAAUAGAUGGAAGCGAAUGACUACCAUUCCCACACAGCCCACCAAAGCAGAGUCGAAUCGCCAAACAAAUAAGCGUCGGAAGCGGAAAGGAUCUUCAGCAAAUUCUGAAACUGGUGGUGGCCGAGCAACUAAACGCAAACAAUCUCCGGUUCCUAUGCCUCCACAAAAUCUCGGUCAAUCUGAAAUUCUAAUUGUAGGUGAGCCUACUUUAAUGGGUGGUGAUUUUGGUGAGGAUGACGAGAGAAUGAUAACUCGGUUAGAGAAUAGCCAGUUUGAUCCUGCAGCAGCGGCAGCGCUUGCAGCAGCCCAGCAGCAGCAACAGAUGAAUGCUGUUGCAGCAGGGAGCCAAAUGCCGAUUUCACAUCACCAACAGCAGCAGCAGCAGCAACCGUUUAGUCGCCCGCCUUCUUUCCCCCCUCCUGCAUUCCAGUCAACUGCCUCCUCGCCUCCCUCUGGUAUGAUAUAUACCGGUCCUCCUGGCCCACCCUAUGCUUCAUCACCUGUGAAGCAGCACCAAUCGCCUCUAUACGGUCAUCCAAAUAGUGUUCCUCCAUCUCAACAACAGCAGGGAUUGCAGCAACCCAACAAUCCAAUGUCCUAUGGUGGAGGAGGAAAUCCUAUGAUGCCUGCCAGUGUACCACCUCAUAGUGGAGGCCGAAUUAUGUCUCCUAUGGGUGUCAGUGUCGGAAUGGUUGGUGCGAAUCCAACCACGCCUUUGGGAGGCCCCAGUAUAGGCAACGCUCACAUGAUGUUUGCCCCUCCUCCAAGUCUACCUGAAACUGAUUCUGUUGGUGGCGGUCCUCCUCCAAGGUCGGGUAGCACAUCUUCUCUCAACACGGCCGGUUUGCAACAGCAACCUCCCACAUUUCCGCCACCACCACCUCCACAGCAAUCAGAGGCUCGUAUUUCUCCCCCAAGUCAGAAUAACGGUCCUGCUGCAGCUUUCCAAAAAAGCCCGAAUACUGCUACCGGUGGUAGUGCCAGUCCAGGUGGUGGAAGUACCUCUCUUCAAUUCCCUCCUACUCUCACCUCUCCUUUCGAUUCAACGGCUGGAGGUCGGGCCCCAACUCCUCGAAUGCACCAACAGCAGAUCUCUGAUGGUUCUGGUCCAGGGUCAUUGGGCCGAUCAGAGACGCCGAACAAUCCUCCACGAAACGGAGACAAUUCCAGUGAACAGACGGUGUUAACUUCUGCCUCUUCCCAGUCCAAUGGAGGCAGCGGUGGAAGUGGGAUGAUUAAUCUGCCUUCCUCUGCUCCCGCCUGCCAACAACAAGUUCCUCAAUGCGCGAGUCCAUUCUUUCCUGGUAUGAUCUACAUUCAUUAUCUCUGUCGAUUCUUCUCCUUUUCCCUCAACAAUUACUUUCUUGCUAUUCUGUUUUUCCCUGAGUUUGGGUUUGUUCUAUCUCAUGGUCGUGUCAUAAGUUUAUUACCUCGAAUAAGUGUAGAGUUUGAAGACAUGGAUCGAGUAUUCAUGUCGACUCAACAAAUAACUCCAUCGACUACCAAUGACCAAUCAGUAAAUCCCAAAUUUUCCAGUCUGGUUGCUUCUGAGGAUCUGGACGGUCUUGCACCUCCGAAACUUCUUCCAAGUGAUGAAGUACUUAUUGAUCAGCAAACUAUCAUGGAUUCAAACCUUUCUGUUCUCUCACUGCCUCCCACUUCGUCAGAGACAGCAUCGACAAAAUCCAUUUUGGAAUCAUGA